AUGGGUCGCAAAGGCGUGUCGCUUCAAGAGAAGCGCGAGCGUAUCCUGCGCAUUUACCACGAGUCCAAGGAAGUGUUCAACCUCAAAGAAAUCGAGAAGCUCGGCGCAAAAGCUGGCGUCGUACUGCAAACAGUUAAGGACGUGAACCAAGCCUUGGUGGACGAUACACUGGUCGACUGUGACAAGAUCGGGUCGGGGAACUACUUUUGGUCGUUCCCUUCCAAGUUGUCGCAGUCGAAGAAGCACAAGCUCAGCGAACUGGAACACCGGCGACACUCGUUGCAGGCAAAACUCGUUGAAGUGGAAAGACGCACUGAAGAGCAGAAAGCACUACGUCCGGAAUCCGAGGAGCGUGUGCGAAAGCUCCGUCGACUGGACGAGCAAAAGGCAACAGUGCAGGCGUUGCGCACGAAGGUGCAGCACUUGGCGGAGAACGAUCCAGCGAUCCUGGAAAAGCUCGAGCAAAGUGCGCGUGUGGCAAAAGAAGGGUCGGACAGAUGGACAGACAAUGUGUACACGCUCAAGGCGUGGGUCGUCAACAAGCGCGGCGUCGAGGGCCGAGAGGUGGACAAAUGGCUCGGCAUCAAGGACGACUUUGACUACGUCGAGUGA